AUGUCCCUCGACCUGGAGGAGCCUCGAGCCGUUGUUUGCACUGCUAAUGGCGGCGGCGCCUCGGCGGACGACUUCCUGCUGGCCAUCAAGGCGUGCUACAGCCCUGAAGAUCGCAUCCUGGUGGUGGUCACCCCGGGGGCGGUGGAGGUGAAGAGCCGCUACGACCGCAUCAAGCAGCUGACCAGCCUGCAGCUGGGCGUGGCGACGCAGUUUGUCCGUGGGGCGACGCUGGGCGCCGGUAACCGGAAGCUGGAGACCAUCACGCCGGCCAUUCUCGUGCAGAUGGUCUGCAAGCUGGGCGGGGCGCCCUGGGGGGUGGAGGACACGAGCGACCUCUGCGAGGGCGACUUCCUGGCGGAGGCGACCAGCUCGGCCCUUCUUCGCUACCGCUUCUUCAACCGCCGCCUGCCCACCAGUGUGGUCAUCUACCGCGAUGAUGUGGGCGUGCCGCUGGAGAAGCUGCUCAGAGUGGAGUAUGCGGCGAUGGAGGCGGCCAUUAGAGGGGUCUACUCUUCAGAGGAGGUGAAUCGAGAAUCCGCCCCUCUUCCGGUCAUCGUCUUCAUGACCGUCGCGAAGCGCAUCUCCACGAAGCUCUUUGUGCGGGACGAGGAUGAGGACCGUUUCUGCCCGCCACUCUCUCCAGCCACCAUUGACCGCAUCUCCGGAUCAGAAUCCUCGCAGCCUUCAAGAAUGGAUCUUCAAAGUGGAGAUGAUAAUCCGGCGAUGAUGAUGAUCCCCCAGGUGAAGAACCCGCCCAGCGGGACGGUGCUGACGAUGAACGCCGAGCGCUUCGACCAGUUCUACCUCGUCUCGCAGAAGAGCACCGUCACGGCGGCCUGUCCCAUUCGGGUGAGGGUGCUUCGCAAUUCGGGCAGCAAAAGAAAUGGCACGCUGGCUGCAACUGGACUUUCUGCCGAGGAGACUGCCGCCGAAGAAGAAGACCUGCUCAGCCUGGCCACGCUGCAGUCCGUCAGCUACAAGCUCUGCUACCUCUACUACAACUCCACCUCCAUCUGCAGACAGCCGGCCCCGGGAAUGUACGCCCACAAGGUGGCCAACUUUGUGGGAGAGCACCUGGAGACGGAGGGAGCUGAGGAGCUGCACGAGCGGCUUUUCUACCUUUGA